AAUUUGCAACUAUCAACAUUACCGGUACCGAGACGUUGAGUUUUUGGGUCUUUCACACAAUUAGCUCGCCCGAACCUCCGGGGCGCGCGGUGCUAGUGUGCUGGAUCUGGGUCCGCUGCAUGCUCGUCGACCACGGCCGAACUACUGCAGUUGAUGCUCACGAUCAAUCGCUUCGACCUGACUUUUCUUUAUUUUAUCUUCAUUGUUAAGUGCAACAGUCAAGAACUGAGAGGCCUUUGAAUCGAGUGAUUGUUUUUUUUGUUGAUUUUGAAUUUUUCAACGAAUUAACAAUGAGUUGGGACGUGAUUGCCCUAGAUUUUGGUGGCGAAGAAACUGCUAAUUUUGGAACUCGCCAAGAAUCAGGGACGGCUCUGUUUCAAGUGCAGACUUUGGCUACAAUUUCAAAUUCCAAUCAAGAAAUGGUCAAUAAGCUUCCUCAUGUCACAGCAUCCAGCUCUCAAUCUCAGUCUAGCAUGUGUGUUACAGCAGAUCGAAAUGUAUCGUUGUUCAAUGAUGGCUGCCAGGUCCUUAAUGGUGCCUUCAGUUUUGACUCUGUGGUAGAACUGGCAGUUUGGGUAAAUGAUCUGCCAUUCUUGAUUAUUGCUGAAAGGAAUGGGACUGUCCAUGUGUAUCACUCUGGAUUGCAUAGGAUUCUCAUGUCACAGAAACUCGUAGAAAGGAAUGUUGAUGAAUUGGACAAGGUUUGUUUUAAACAGAUCAAAAUGACAGAGGAUGAAGAAGGUAAACAUUCGAUUCUGCUGUUAGCAUCACAGAAUGUGUUGUACAGGCUGUCCAACGUUGACAUGAAGAAACUACAUGAUGUGAUUCAGAAAGGAGAUUUACGUUCAGCCAAAGAUCUACAAGGUCAGAUUGCAUUGGACGAGAUUGACCUGUCUCAUGUUCAUCAGGAAGGCUCUUCAGAUCUUGCAACCAUAGUGUUAGGAGGACACACGCAUCUCGUGACAGUGGGUCGUGGUGACUAUGUUAUGGCUAUUUGGAAAUGUCAGAGUCAAAUAAGUGUUCGUCGAAGGAUGAAGACAAAUAUGUUUAUAGCGGGAGAGCAACUCAUCAAUUGUGUAGUCAGUGGGAAAUACAUCUUUACUUUAGAUGUUGAGCAUAAGUUAUGUUGUUGGAAUUCUUCACUGAUUCUUGUAUGUGCGUGGCCUCUGAAGGUGAGGGAUUUCUUCCUUACGGCUGACAACAACAACAACAACAGUGAGACUAGACCCCAAUUUCAGUUGGUGAUGUUGACUGUUCCUAACAAGAAUGAAAGUUACUUGAAGGUCUACGAUCUUCCCAAGAUGCAUUGCACUUACACACUGUCCGUUGGUCCUGUCUCCAUGCUUGCUGAUACCCCAAACAAUCAGGAUUCUAUAUUUCUGGUAGAAGGACGGAACGAAGACGAAGAUGAGUCCAGUCUUGUCAGUAUGCUGAUGAUCCGAUGUCUGAUGGAAGCGCUCCCUGAGACUCGCUUCCAUCGUCUCCUGCACAAGAAGGAGUUUGAGGAAGCAGAAAAGUUUGCCAAACUUUUCAGCCUUGACACCGAACUCGUUUAUCGAAGUAAAGCCUUGGCCCUGUUAGAGCAAGCAUCCUCUUGGAGUCCUGCCAACUUACGAGGGAGCCCUUUAGACGACCAGAGCAAGCUUUGUGAGGGUAUGAUUGGAUGUCUAGAGAAGAUUGCCGACGUCGAGUUUGUGGUUGAUGUCUGCUCCAAAGCUGCUAUGCCUGCCUUUGAAGACACAGCACGAAUCUUGCAGUAUGCAAGAGUAAGGCUUUCCAAAGUGAAUGUCAAAGAUGAGAUGCAGAGCAAGAUAGGAGAUUUACUGUCGAUGAUUCUUGAUACAUUACACAGGCUGACUACAUUUAGCUUGGUAUAUGGAAGCAGCGAAUACAGUCCAACUAGCUGGGAUGCUUUUCUGUCGGGAUCCCUUCUUAAUGAACUCUUCCUUCAUCUAAGUCGAGCCAACCUUGGCAGAGCAUCAGUCAUUUGGAAUAGACACAAGGAAGACUUUGUAGCUGUGAUGUCAGAAGACUUGCUUGAGGACAUGUUGAGAUCUAUACCAGGGGAUUCCCCAUCGAAUGACAUCAUACCCUGGCUUAGGAAUGACAUCAUCCCUUAUGUGUGUCAUAGCUUCCAACAGGGCAAGAAGGUAUUGAUCUCAUGGAUAGAGGAAAGAGUGACCAGCCUUGAAGUGACUGAAAAGGUUGGAUGGCCAAGCAAUGGGCUAGAGCUGGCUGAAAUGAUGUUGAAAGGUAACCAACAGCUCCUCAAGAUAGCCAGUGGUAUCCACUUCUCACAGGCACUCACAGAGACAAAUGAUAGUGACUGCAAAGAUUCCAUGAACAGACUGAAAGAACUUGUCCACAACUUACAAGAGCUCAGGAUUCUCCACACCAGAUACAAGUGUUUCUUAACUUUAGACCAGUUUUGCAAGGAAACGACAGAGAGCAUAUCAUUCAGGAUGUUAGAGAGGGUUGCUGCUCCAGAGCUGGUACCAGGAACCAUCACUAAGUGCAUCAUACCCUAUGCUAAGGAUCAUAAGCUGGAGGUGGAUAAUCUACUCUUGAAAUAUAUUGAGGAUCUUCUUUCUGUACCAAGUCUCUUUGCUACGUAUGAAGCUUCCUGGGAAGCCAAGGCCAUCACUGUCAUCAGAUGUAUCAAGGAUCUCACAAGUCAGUGUGGAGCCAUACUUGCAUUGAUGCAGAAAGCACCUGUUCCAUGGAGCAAAGGAAUGGAACAAUUGGUCCAGUAUGGAUUGUCUCUCAAACAUCCUAUGGUGGCCAAGCUUGAGGAACACCAUGGUUUCAUGAAACUCAGGGAUAUGUUCAUGAAGUAUGACUUGAGGUCAGUGAGUCUUGGAGAUGCAGAUAGCAUGAAGCUUGCUGUGAAGAAUAUCUUAAGCAGAGAUGGUCCAACUGUUCUAGAGGAUGCCUUACGCGUUGUCAAAGCCCAGUCCACUCAACACACUGAGAUGGAUGCUUACCUCUUCAGGCUUCAGUACCUUAUCAAGUCCAAUCAGGUUGAAAAAUGUCUUUCUUUGCUGUCUGAACUGCCACACCAAGAAGCCUUGAGGUGUCUUUCUAGGAUCCUAUCAUGGGCUAAGAUCGUCCUGGACAACCCUGCCGGCACCUUCUGUGAUGAACAGGCAAAAGACUGUCGAGUUUUGGUAGGACAAGCUGCCAUUAGACUCCUACAGACGGAUCUCUACUCUCAGCUCAAUGGGGAUCCAGCACAGGAGCUUCUUAGACAAGAAGAACUUCAAAGUAUUCUCUAUCUUCAGUUGGAAUACAACCUUCUUGUUCCAUUGAGUAGCUAUCGUGAUGACGCUUUCAGACUUCAACUCCUCAAGAAAGCUAUCGUUGAUCACUACAAGGAGAUUCAAACAGGGAUCCGAAAGAAAGAGAAUUGUGGAGCUGUCGAGAGGAAGUAUAGGGAUCUCAAAGCAGGAAACUUUGUCAGAGUUUUGAGACUUGGUGAAAUCCUUGGUGUUUCAACCAACGAGUUGAGAGGUGAGAUUGCUCUGAAAGCUGCUCACACAGGAGAAAUCAACACAGCUAUUAGCAUAUGCAGUGAUCUGUGUGAUCCUUAUUGUUCCCCUGAGGUGGCCUACACUCUCUAUCAAGUCUCCCAUGCUGUCUGCUUUCAGCUUGCCAGUGGGCAUGACAUCAUGACUGGCUCAUCAGCUGGUGAUCUCUUCAAACAGCUCUUGAACCUCGCCCAAGUAGCAACUGCGUAUUGUAACCCAGAAUUACUUGCCGACUGCUUUGAUCUUAGUACCAAGAUCCGUUCCUUGAAGGACUUAUGUGACCAGUGUGAAAGUGGAGACUAUGGUAUAUCAGUACAGAUUGGGGCUGCAGAGACCAAGAAAGACCCCUAUGAGGAGUACACAUUGGAAACGUUCUUCAAGGAGGAUUCGUUGGUUCUUUCAUCUCAGGAUAUCAUUCCUGUGGCAGCCGAGUUUGCUUUGUCUUGUCAACCUACCGUCAGACCAAGAGAUGCUCUGCCGUACCAGCAGGCUAGAGUAUCUGGAUCACCUCUCUUUGUUCAAGAUCAACAGAAGGGUGAUAUUGAAGGCGCUGUCCAGUCUGGUCACAUCGGUCAGGUAGCAAGUUCUACCAAGUACCUGUGCCAACAACUGAAGGAGCAUAACCAGUGCUGCCUGGCUUUCCAUUAUGUGAUGGAACUCCUUGCCACAUCUCUUGUCCAUCUCUCAGUGAACAGCAGUAACCAACCACUACAAGAUGAGGCUACCAUAGCAUCGUUUGAGAGAGCGUUGAAAGAAUUGUCUGAGGUUGACACUGCUGCUAGGCAGAACAUUGGUAACCUCUCAUCCAUCCUACUCAACAAGAUAUUCAGUUGCCGAGAAGUGGACACCUUCUUAGCCCUCUGUUACCUCAUCAUUCAGCCAUCCAAAGAACUUGUCAAAAAACUUGUCUACAAUGCUGGUCAAAAUUACAAGAAAAUCUUAGCAAUAGCUCAAGUUGGAUAUGAGAUGGCCAAGAUGAAUCAAGAUCUUAAGGUUCAAGUGGUAUUCCAAGACCUGGCAACAAGUGCAUUGUGGGGAGAUAGACUUCUUAAAAUCAAGGUGUCAUUCAAAGAUGCGUUCAACAACAUGGAGAAAAAACGACAGUUGUUACCUCAGCUAAUCACUCAUCCAGAAACGAGUCUAGAACUCAUUACCGAGUACUGCAGGGAUUUCAAGUUAGAUGAGCAGGAACCUCUUAUGAUGUAUGUACGCCUGCUGCUGUUGCCUAGCGAUUGUGAAAAGGAUCACCAUGGCAACAGCAAAACUUCCCUGGACAAGAAAGUAAUCCUGUCGGCAGUUUCUAUGAUAAAAAAGAAGACUGCCCUCUAUCAGAUGCUGAAGGCAAAUGUCGAUAAGAUUGACUGCUAUGAUUAUGAGAUGCUACGUCUAGUUCUUGGUAUCAUCAAUGACAGUACUUCAGAUAUAGCAGAUCAGACACAUUCUACUGAGGUGGGUCUGCAACUUCUCAACUACCUUGAAGCAUACACACGUCGUAAACCUCCUUCAGAAUAUGAGAUUAUGUUCCAACAGAGUGAAGAAGAUGAAGGGCUGAUGCUUACUACAAAACCGCUUUCACCGCUUUCCAAGACAAGACUUCCAUUCCAUCCUCUACUGAAAGGAGGACAGUGGAAAAUUCUUUGUCGUGAACUCAGUGAAGAUACUCUGGGUGAGCUUCUCCCUAUUGCUGAAGUACUGCGGCUUUCUACUGAUCAGCUUUACGUGACGACCAUUCAGAAUAUAAUUAAAGCCAGAAAUCAUCAAGGAAAGAAAGAUCUUACUGAUACAGACGGUGGAGAUGAAAAGGGGUUCCGUCCACCUUGUAAACUGGACAUGGAUACCCUGGUGAAGGUCAAGAACAUACUCCUCCAAGUUAAGAAUCCUGAGAUGGCCGUAGUGACCGCUAGAUUCAUUGCUAAGGAACUUCAAGUCGGUAAACAAAAGGAGAUGGCUCUGAAGAUGUGUGAGCGGCUUGCAAGUAGAUGGCAAGAAUUAAGUGAAGAAGGGACCCCCGACCACCAGAAGGCAUGCGUCAUUCACCAACGUCUGGUUGCCGAGCUCCGAGCCGUCUGCACCGAGGAAGCACUUCGGAGGCACGGUUUGGCUGAACCUCAGUAUACCCAAAUGAUCGCUACCCCCGCUAAACUAAUCUUUAAACUCUACGAACAUCCCAGUAUUGAACAACGUAUGCAGGGUUAUCAUCUCAACCUACCAGACAUCAAUACAGCAGUGGAAGAAAUUGCUAAGAUAAACAACAGUAACCUAGAGAAGAUUCGUAUUCAUCUGAUGGAACAAUGGAUGCCCCAACCAGCCACCAGCAAACAGGAAGACACGACAAUGAAUUUUAACUUUGAUUCGUCUGUCGAGGAUGAGAUUCCAGAAGGAGAAAGAAGUCUCAUGAGAUUGAAAUAUCUGCUGCAACGUCAGAAGCCUGAGAGCACCAUUCUCUUCUUAUUAAACGUUGCUUUCAAGCAAACCUCAACUCACGUCACUACGGGAUGUCAGGUGAGGGCACUUCGUUGCCUCUUCUCACUUUCCGAUGAUGACAUCAUCUCUAAGGUUUCCAAGCUACCUGUCAGUGAGCUCAGGGAAUACUUGAAGAAUUUGGUGUACCUUAGUGAGUUUGAAGCUCUGAAUAUUGCCAUGGAUAUUAGUACAUUCACAUCAUCCAACAAGGCUAGCCUGGUCAGGGGUCUCUGGAAAAACCACAACCAUGAACCCAGGAGUGUGCGACUAAUUGCAGAGCUGUGUUUAGAGUAUGAGAUCCAUGACAUACAUCUGUGGAACAGCAUGCUGCAGCAGAUACAGAAAUUUGGAAUGCUUGACUAUCUAGAGUAUGUACUGGUUGAGAUAGCUGGUCUGAAAGUGCUAAGGUCUGUUCAGUGCCUGCCCAAGGUUUGGUCCAUCAUUCUCGCCACCCCGUUCAUGUCCAUCUGUACCCCACUGACCGAAGAACAGGCCCAGAGGUGUAGGAAUGUACUCUCAUUAGUACAGAAGUGUCCAGUUCCAUUCGAUCUUGAUUUCAUACGACUAAGCUGUCAGUUUCUGAGGGUUGAUAUGCAUGCAGAGGCAUUGGCUUGCCUUCUACACAUACCAGACAAAACUAAGAGAGAUUCUCAGAUUGAUAUGCUCUUGGAUACACGCCAUGUAAUCAUCUUAGAUUCUCUCUCUCAUCUUAUGGAAAUAAAGCAACCACUACCAGAACAUGAACACGUUUUGACUGAAGUGUACAGACACACAUCAUCCAAAGGUAUGUAUGAGACCCUUCUAGGAACAAAGCAUUUCAUGGGAUUAGUUCACCACCUAGCCAAGCAGGAUCAGCUCCAGGAUCUCAUCAGGAAGACCAUAGGAGCAGACAGGAUACCAGAUGCCAUCAAACUUGUGAACGUAUUUCAUUUUUACUACCCUGUCUCACCGUCUGCUCAUGGUUCAACGGGCAUCGAACUUCUCAAGGUCUACCUAACAUCACAUAGUAUGGAUGAUGAAGCAAUGAACAUUGUAAACAUGAUGAAAGAAGAAGAUUCCACGGACUAAUGCCUUCUGUUGAAAUCUUCACCUUUAUUUUUGUUUUCUAUAGUACUAGUAAAAAAAAGAAAGUUACCUGUUAUAGAAUGCUGAUGUUAUGUAUUCAAGAUUAUGGACCAUCAUCGGUAUAUCCUUUCCAUUUCAUACCACAUUUGGACAGAAUCAGUUAUGAAUAUGAAUUUACUAAAUGCAGUUUAUUCAUGUAUAGUGAUCGUGAUAAUAAUGUUGUAUUUUACACCUGUUAGCCACUUCAGUUCCAAAUGAAAUACACAGUGAUUUUUUUUUCUUUUCUUGACACUUUUUUCUUACAUGAAUAAAUAUUGGUGAUUUCUGUUUCUUUAUCAGUACUUCAUCAUGUGACUCAAUGCAAGUGAUUUUGACUCAUUUUCUAUUAAACAAUUACCGUUUUGCCCUAAACUAUGCAUGCAAAACUGAUCCAACUGUACCAAACAACAAUAGAAUAUGGUGCUUUAUCUAUACAAAAUAUUUUCUUAUUCUAUACUUCUAAAAUAUUGAUAUUAUUUAUUUUAAAAAAAUAUCUUCUAAAAUUGGUGAAGUGUCAUCGAAUAUGUGCCUUGUCAUUUCUUUUGCCACUGCAAUAGAAUAAAUGUCCAUGGUGAACUAUAAUUAUGUAUGUUGAUUGAGAAUUUGAUUUAAUGAGGGUAAUAAUGUAUAAAUAUCAUGUCUUAGAAAGGCAAGUAUAAAUCCACAGGAAGGGAAUUCAUGACAAGCAAGAAAGUGAUGUCAUUAUUUGUUUUCUGUGUUUCAUCUUCAAUUAGAAGGGAUGUCAUUGAAAAACUUGGAAUUAAUGUUGUAUCCCUGCACAAGAAAAUAUGCAGAGUUCAUUGCCCUUUUCUAUUUUGAUGUUGUAGUAUCCACCUUACGUAUAACAGAUAGGGAGUACUUCAUUCAAACUUGUAUCUUACUUGUUCCAUUUGCAAAAUAGAUUUUAUAUUUUAUUUUAAUUAACUGUAUGAUGAUUGGAUUACUGUGGAAAAUUAGAAACAUUUUCCAUAAGUUAUCAACAAUAUUCUGUCUUACAGACAAAAAUAUAAUAAAUUGGUUAGUGAGUGACCACUUUGUGAAAAUGACAAUUUGCAAAUAUAUUUGAAAAUAUAUUUUAGAGGAUGUUAAGGCUUCGGGUCAAAGAAAGGGAAAUGAUCAUAAUUUCAUGAAAUUAAUCUGAUAUAUUAUCCUUAUCGACCUAAAAACCCUGGUUUCAUGUGUAACCACAAUUUCAAUUUACAUUAAACUUGCCCCAUAUGGAAAGUAUGGACCUGAUGUUCUGUUGUGUAUGGAAUAGUGAUAUAAUCAUUAUUAACCAGGUGGGUUUUUCACAAAGCUGUUUGUAAGUUAAGAGUGACUUUAAGAACGACUGGGUAUCCUUGUGGAAAAUGGUGCACAUGAUUGGCCAUUGUUUAGCGCGUAAGAAAGGAUCACCAGAUCAGAGAGCGAAGUUGGCUCAGUCGGUAAAGUGUCUGCCCGUCAAACCAAAGAUCUUGGGUUCGAGUCCUCCCCGGGCAGAUGACUGAAGCCAGUGCGUUGUGUGUAAACGUCUCUCCCCUGUUUCAUAGAUGCAGGCUAUGUUACAGUGGAAA